UCCUUUUGGAUUUCAUCUUUUUUUGCGUUGCUUUUGCGCUUCUUAUUGUUGUUGUUGUUGUUGUUGUUGUUCCUCUUUUUUUUGUUACUAAUUGUUGAGUUCAGACAGCACCUAGAAGUGAUGUCUCUUUCUAUUUUGGUCACUUCAGUUUUGAAAUAUGAAGUUCAUAAAUGAGUAUAUCAAUUGUUUGUUUAAAUGCCUAAAUGACUGCAAUCUCACCCACAUUUAUUUCACUUUUGUUAACAUUGUUAAAAUAUUACACUUUGCAACCUUAUACAGCUUUCUUCCAAAUUUUACUAAAAACUGUAUCCCUUUUGUUAAAUCUAAGGUUUAGGUUAUAACUUAUAAGGAAAAUGCGUUUCUUUUUUUUUUUUUUUGGUACAUCUUAACUGCGGAGUUCUGAUGGGAUCCGGUGCAUUAGUAGAAAAUGCGUUUCUUUACGAUAGAUUCUACACAAGAAACACAAAAAUCUUAUGUGGCAGCAUAUAACUCUUCCAAAUGAUAACCACCCACUACCCCAUGUAUGGGAAAAUAGUAGCAAUGGCUUCCUGUUACUUCAACCCCAUUCCUACUAGCUCUCGUCUCAUUUCACCAGGUUUAUCAACAAAGUUCAAUAUUCCAAAGCUUCUUCACAGGCAGAAAAAGAGGUUUGGUGUCUUUCCCAGAUCUUCAAAAAUUACUGCAUUUUAUGGCUUGAAGACCCCUCCUUACGAACAUGAUGCAUUAGAGCCAUAUAUGAGCAAGAAAACAAUUGACAUUCAUUGGGGAGAGCAUCAACGGAAUAUCAUUGAAGGUUUGAACAAACAGCUAGAGAAGGAUGAUAUACUUUAUGGUUACACCUUGGAUGACCUAGUCAAAGUGACAUACAACAAUGGCAAUCCCUCAUCUGAAUUCAACAAUGCAGCUGAGGUUUGGAAUCAUGACUUCUUCUGGGAAUCCAUGAAACCGGGAGGGGGUGAUAUGCCCAUACUAGGUCUCCUUCAACAAAUUGAAAAGGAUUUUGGAUCAUUUACGAAUUUCAAAGAGAAGUUUACAGAAGCUGCACUCACAUUGUUUGGUUCUGGCUGGGUUUGGCUAGUUUUGAAGAGAGAAGAAAAACAAUUAGCCAUUGUUAAAACUUCAAAUGCCAUUUGCCCAAUUGUGUGGGAUGACAUUCCAAUUAUCAAUUUGGAUUUGUGGGAGCAUGCAUACUAUCUGGAUUACAAGAAUGACAGAGAACAAUAUGUGAAUGUAUUUCUGAACCACCUGGUGUCUUGGAAAGUUGCAGCAGAACGCUUGACAUGGGGAGAGGCUUUUGUGAACUUGGGAGAACCUAAAAUUCCUGUUGCAUGAAAUAUUGAAAUGGUGAAUCAUUACAAUACUUGAAAUGGACACAUGACAUCUUAAGUGGAGCUGAUAUAGAAUUCAAAGGAUUCACAUGUGAUAGGGUUUGAUCAUAUAGCCAGAAAGGAAAAAGUGGAUAAGUCAUUAUUUAGGUCCACAUUCAUUGUGCCCCAUGUGCUUCUUUCUGGUUAUCUAUU